AUGGAUGACCACAUGGCAGUCGUUUUGGAACCUGUGGAUUCUAUAGACGAUCUCUGCCUGGGCAUUCGCAGGGCUUAUAUCAAGCAUCUAUACAACAACGACUACACGGUGGUAGAUUACGUCAAGCGUUUGAAUGCUGCCAGUAAGGAGAUCACAGUUCUGGCUGCAAAGCUGUCGGUCCCGCUGAAAGAGGCUCAGCAGAAAUUGGUCACGUUUAUGAUUGAGUUUUUGAGGAUCUGGCCUUCAAAGUUGGGGUCCAAGUACAAGCAGAUCGACAAAGAGCUGAACAUUGGGAAAUCGACGGAUACAAGGACUCAGGAUCGGUACAUCAUCAUGCAGGAUGAGCGGCCAGAGUUGGAUGCAUGGAAGGGCAGAGUCAACACCAGCGUCAAGGAUAACGAUGUCCGCAUGUUCGUGAGGAAGCUAAAGACCAAAGAUACCCAGAUCCAAAUUGUACAAAAUCUCCACGUUCUGCUGCUGAUCAACAAAUACGGCCUGGAGGAAAACAAACCGUUCAAAAAGGACCCCGGCGCACUCAAAACGACUAACCACUUCAUGGAUGAACUCUGUAUUUCAGCUGUUAUCGAGGACCGACCGGCGCCAGGAUUCUUGAGUCCUCAGACCCCUCGAAGCAAGGACUUGGACCCAGCGAAAAAGUUCUUCAUCCGGGCUGUGGCGCGAUACUAUGGGCCAGCGCUGCCAAAAGUGGUCGAGAAGCUUUCGGUUAAGUGUGGCGUGGAAACAAAUCUUUUAAAGUCGCCAAGGCCAUCCCGAGGCUCCAAGAGAGCUGGACUCCACAGAUCUGUCUCGAUGGGCGUAUUGCAGAAGCCUAGUCGCCUGGAUCUUUCUGCAGCCACCCAGACUGGGACUGACGGGCCCCUGAGUUCGACUUCAGUAACAACUCCCAAGGAUGAAGCGGUGGCACCCAAAUACGGAUUCCCAAUGAGCCGUCAGUCUACGUCUGACAACCCUGCCAGAAGCGCUCUGGAUUCGAUCUUCAGGAACCGCCAAGUAGCUAUGACACGUGGCGCUGUGAAAGGCCGAAAUGCGACGAAGAGUUCAGCAAGUUCCUCCUCCGCUUCAGCUUCGAGUGCGGCUGCCCAAUCUUCACAUGGACGGCCUACUACUCAGCCUUCACAGCCACAACCGCGUCCAUCUUCGCAGCGGUCAAAAUCGAUGAAUUCACUCCUUGACGAGAUGGAGGACGAGACUGGUCCCCCAAAGUUGGCAAAGCUGAAGCUGAAAACGUUCUACCACGAUAAAGAAAGCGAGGAAGUCCUUAAAAUGUUCCGGCGGAAAGGACCACUCUCAAAAGCAGACGCAAUCCAGUCAGGCGCAAGCAGCAGCAGUAAUACUCUCAAUCAAACCGGCAAAGGCAACAACGACGACCAAGAUGACAAUGGUGACCUUUCUCAGUACCUCUCUCGGAGUGGUACAACCUCUUGGGGAGUUUUUGGGGGCACGACUAAGUCUGGCGAGGAGCGCACCUCUUGGGGUCUGCAAAGUCCCAAAAAGCAGCGGGAUCCCUCUCCUUCGAUAACGUCAGCCAGCUUUUUGACGGUUCCUAUUGACUCCUUUGUGCCUUCUACGCCUAUUGGACACCAUCAGGGUCGCAACUACAAUAAGGAAGAUCCUCAAAGGAUCCCCUCAACACCUACUGGACGCGCUCAGUCUCACCAAUAUCACUCGUUGCAGUUCAUUGGAGAUGGCAGUCAUCCGGAUACCGAGCGUAUUCCUUCCACACCGACCAGGCGUGACCAGAUCCAUCAAGGACGUUCUUUUGCAGCACAGUUGCGCGGUGGGGUAGGAGGACAUGGUGAACUACACGACAUGGAUGUUCUCGGGUCUCCGGGUAAACGACGUCGUGGAGGCGCGGACAGUGACGAUCCUAAUGAUGAAGGAUACGACAAGAGGAUUCUCCUGGACACCAGUGCCGUGACCACACCAAGGUCUAUGACCCAGCCGCACCUUGUGUCAAAGUUCAUCUCUUCUCCCGCCACCGGCCAUCACAGGACACGUCGCAACAUCGACUUUUCGGUCUUCAAUGAUUAA